AUGGACCUCGCAAGCACGUCAACCGUCCCGGAUCCCCGGAGUAUGAACCUAGACCUGGGCUUGAGCCAUUCGUCGUCCAGUCACCGCCAUGACGAGCUCGCUGCCUCCAAGCCUCCUGCCAUCCCUUCUCCCAGUUACUUCAAAACCACACCGACUUUCACCGCCCUCGACGACGCCGGCUUCAACUCCAACUCUACACCUGCUUCCAAUCCCACCACCACCGUCGCCAACAAUGUGACUACGAACCAACAGCCUUCCAAAGACAACUGCGACAGACGGAGACCAGACGACGGAGAAGCCUCGCGAUUUCCAGCAAAUAUGCCUACCCAGCUGGUCGGCCAGACUGUGACUCCCUUCCUCAGAGAACAUAUCCCCGGCAUCUACGCUCCCAUCGGCAAGCCCGACGUACAGACCGAGGACAACACCCUCAACCAGAAGCGAGACCCCAGCAGCAAGUUCUGUUAUCGUCACCGGCCCGACGCAAAGUGUCGUCGAGCCGCCGACGAGUCCAAAAUGGUCUUGAUCCAAAGUGAACUCGAUAAGCUCCCCUCCGCCGACCAACAAGCCAUCACUCACGUGUGGUCCCUCUUCUCCGCCGCCCCUGCCAAGCACCGCGACCUCAUGCUCCAGGGUAUCAUCACCCAGUGCUGCUUCCCCCAGCUAUCCACCGUCUCCCGCGAAGUCCACGAGCAGCUCAAGAUCGACUUCAUGGCUGCACUCCCCACCGAAAUAUCCUACAAGGUCCUCGGCUACCUCGACACCGCCUCUCUUUGCAAGGCUGCCCAGGUCAGCAGGAGGUGGCGCGACCUCGCCGACGACGACGUGGUAUGGCACCGCAUGUGCGAACAGCACAUCGACCGCAAGUGCACCAAGUGUGGGUUCGGUCUGCCUCUCCUCGAGCGCAAGAGGCUGCGAGACUGGAACAAGCAGAAGGAGCUUGCCCGGAGCCAAAGGGCCGAGGAGCCCGCCCGUGAGCCAGCGCCAGCGCCGGAACCUGAGCCGGAGGCUGCCGCCCCUGCACCGUCCCCCAAUGCCAAUAAGAAGCGUGAGCUGGUUGUCUUGGACGACAGUAGGAAACGCGCCUGCCGUGAGGUUGGCGAGCCCGGUGCACCCAAGGCCCAGACCGAGCGGGAGAAGGACCGCCUCAUUCGACCGUGGAAGAGCGUUUACCGCGACCGUUUCAAGGUCGGAUACAACUGGAAGUAUGGCCGGUGCCACAUCAAGACCUUCAAGGGCCAUGACAACGGCGUCACCUGUCUCCAGUUCGACGACGAGAUCCUCGCUACUGGUUCAUAUGACGCCAAGGUUAAGAUUUGGGACAUUGUGACAGGAGAGGAGAUUCGCACCUUGACCGGUCAUACCAUGGGCAUUCGUACGCUCAAGUUUGUUGGCAACUUGCUCUUCAGCGGCAGCUUGGACCAUACGAUAAAGGUCUGGAACUGGCAGACCGGCGAAUGCCUCAACACCCUCCAAGGCCACAGCGAAGGCGUCAUUUCCGUCGACUAUGAUGGCAAGCACAUAGCGUCCGGAUCGAUUGACAAGUCGGUCAAGAUUUUCAACCUUCACAACAGGGAAACAUUCUGCUUGCGCGGACACGAGGACUGGGUCAACCAUGUGAGACUCGACCCCAGUUCGCAAACGGUGUUCUCGGCUUCGGACGAUUGCACCGUCCGACUUUGGGAUCUGCGAAACAAGACGUGCAUCAAGGUCUUUGAAGGCCACAUGGGCCAGGUCCAGCAAGUCUUGCUGAUGCCGGAGGACUUUGAGCCGGACGAGGAGAUGCUAGCGGCCGACAUUGCCGAUAACUCCUCCGUCCACAGCGGCCGCAGCACCACCCCUUCGGCCUCGGCGAAUGCCUCGGCGAACGUGGCGUCCAUCCUCGGCUCCUCUUUCGGAGACUCGGGGUCGGCGGACGAUGACCGGACGGCGUUCGGCUGCGCUUUCGCAUCGGACCCCACACGGCCCCUCCCGCCCCGCUACAUGAUCACGGCCGGCCUGGACAACACCGUCAAGGUGUGGAACACGGUCACAGGCAAGUGUCUCCGCACCAUGUUUGGUCACGUGGAAGGCAUCUGGGGUCUCGUCGGCGACACCCUCCGCGUGGUCACCGGCGCCAACGACUCAAUGGUCAAGGUCUGGGAGCCCAAGAGCGGCAAGUGCGAGCGCACCUUCACCGGCCAUUCGGGUCCUGUUACCUGUGUCGGUCUCAGCGACAGUCGAAUGGCCAGUGGGAGUGAAGACGGCGAAGUCCGCCUAUACAGCUUCGAAGCAGACGGUCCCCUCGAAGAGUGCGGCACCCCUGCUUAA